AUGCAGCUGUUUCGUCCUACCAUCUACCAUACCUUCACCAUUCAUACACCCUGCCACACCACACACUCGUCCUCCCACAGGCCUCACAGCAUCUUCGCUUCUUACUCGCCCUCUCUGUCCCCUCCAUCCUUCACCUUUCUCCUAUCUUCCCUCCCCUCCCCUCCCCUCCCCUCCCCUCCCCUCCCCUCCCCUCCCCUCCCCCCCUCCCCUCCCCUCCCCUCCCCCCCUCCCCUCCCCUCUCCUCCCCUCCCCCCCUCCCCUCCCCUCCCCUCCCCCCCUCCCCUCCCCUCUCCUCCCCUCGCUGCCAAUACUCUCCUGGGCACAGCCACUCCCGACCCCCUUCUCUUUUCCCCCCCUCUCUACACCAACACUAUGGGGAUCACCGAGCGUUGCCUACCUAGCGGUGCAGAGCAAGCACGUGCAUGUGGCAGGAGAUGGCUCCCCGUAGCCGUGGCGGUGCAUGAGAGCCCCUGGCGGGCGGGCGGUGCACAGCAGCAAACUGCAGCGCUUCCAGCCGCCAUGCAGGAUGCAUCGCUCGAAAACCCCCGAGGUCAGCUGCUGCACGUGGGGGAGGAAGGAAAAGGGAGGGAGGGAUAUGGGGCGAAGGGGGAGAGGGGGAAAGGGGAGGGGAGGGAUAUGGGGCGAAGGGGGAGAGGGGGAAAGGGGAGGGGAGGGAUAUGGGGCGAAGGGGGAGGGGGGGAAGGGGAGCGGAGGGGAGGGGAGGGGAGGGGAGGGGGGAUUAUUGUGGUGGGUGCAUGUCUGUUCGGUCAUCUGCUGCUCUCAGAGCCGCCAUGCAGGCCGUGUUUGCUGGGCGAGAGGGGAGAAGACGGUCUUGGAGGAGAUAAUGGCAAGUCUGCGUUUGCCUCCCUUUCGCCCCUCUCAUUUCAUCCCCCCACCCUUCUGUUCCACCACUCCCUCUCCCCCCUCUCCCCUCCCUUGGCAGAUGCUGGUGGCGGUGUUGGAGAAGUUCCACAUUCUAGCGCAGGUGGUGGGGGCGGAGGCGCAUGCUUCCGUCUAUUCAUCCCCUUCCUCCUCUUCCCCUUUUUGCCCCCCCCCCCCCAAUUCCACAUUCUAGCGCAGUUCCACAUUCUCGCGCAUGUGGUGGGGGCGGAGGCGCAUGCUUCCGUCUAUUCAUCCCCUUCCUCCUCUUCCCCUUUUUGCCCCCCCCCCCAGUUCCACAUGCUAGCGCAGGUGGUGGGGGCGGAGGUGGUGUUUGUUGUUCAUUCCUUCUGUCCCCUUCCAUGCUUCCCCCCUUCCCAGUUCUACAUCCUGGCACAUGUACUUGGAGCGGAGGCGCAUGCGCUGGCCGAGCUGGCAGAGCUGCAGGGCUUUGUGCUGCCGCUGUUGCGCGCCUCCACUGCUGCCAACGCCACCGCCCACACAGACGCAGACGGCCUCGCCGCUGCUGAGCGCUGGAGGGCGGCAUCACGGAGAAUGACGUUUGUGUGCUCUGUUUCCGUUGCUAUCAUCUGGACUCUCUUGAGCCCGUUGAGCCACUUGACGCCGUCAGCAGUGAUUUUGGCAUCCCACAGCCCCAGCUUCUCGAGGCGCUUCAUGUUUCUCAGCAGCUUCAAACAGGAAUCGGUCACCUCUGGAGGCAAGCUGAAGAGCUUGAGGGAGGAGAGAGCAGUCAAGUGUUUCAGCCCGUCCUCCCCCACUGCAGUGCCAUUCACCCAGAGAUCCAGAUAUGUGAGACCUGUGAGGGAGAAGAGCUGCGUCACCCCCUCUGCAGUGAAGCCGGAAGAUUCACAAAGGUUGAGCGACGUGAGAGAGUGCAAGGAGGUGAGCGAGUAUGCGGUGUUCAUGCCGCCCCGUGCCGUGGUGCUGGAGUUGCGGCCGCAGGGGGCGUAG